AACCGUUUCUACUAAGAAUACAAAAAAUUAGCUGGGCAUGGUGGCGCGUGCCUGUAAUCCCAGCUACUCAGGAGGCUGAGGCAGGAGAAUUGCCUGAACCCAGGAGGUGGAGGUUGCGGUGAGCUGAGAUUGCACCAUUGCACUCCAGCCUGGGUAAGGAGCGAAACUCCGUCUCAAAAAAAAAGCUGGACAUAAGCCUUAAGUCAGAAUACUCAGUUUGUUUUGGAAGGGGGAAAAUGCUUAACUCUCCUUGCUCCAUUGGUAGCCUGGUAAUUAACUAUACAAACCUAAAGGCCAAAUUCUUUGCCUACUGCGAGGGUCAGUCAGGCUCGCUUUGGUCAAGUACACCCAGCCGUGGUUCUGUGAGAGACCUUCUGGCAGAGUCAGAGGCUUCCCUUCUUUAUUGUGCACCCUCUGCUGGUGUGAUAGAGUGAGCUCAGAGAAAAGAAGAAGGUGCAUACAACUUAUUAGACAUGAUUUUAUACCCACUAUUGUUUCCUUAAAAGUGUUAAAUUGAAGAUGAUACCCAUGGAGCUGGGAUGUGGUGCUCAGGAAGAAUACGAGUAGUCAGCAUUGUAGCAGUUGAGUCUCAGUGGUAAUGGAAAUGAGGAAGCCUGAAGGAUAAUAAUAGCUGUACCAUUUAGGACACGGUAGUUAUUUUGUGCCAGGCACUUACUGUGCUAAGCAAUUUUACCUUCAUUGACUCAUUUAUUGUUUAACAACCCUACAAGGUAAGUACUAUUAUUCCCAUUUCAUGGAUAGGAAAGUGAGACUCAAGAGAAAUUAGGUCACCUGUGUGAGAUUAUACAGCCAGGCUAAUAAAUAGAGCCAAGACCCAAGCCUAGGUUUAUCUCUGAGCUCCCACAUGUAACCACUCUGAUAAUGUUCUUUCUUGAGAUAUCCUUGGCACAAUUUCUGGGCUGGUUUCCUCAACUAUAUUAUAAUAGAUACCAUUUUCUCUUACUUUCAAAUUUCCCCUGCCAUUUAAAAGACAAAAAACAAAUUACAUAUAACCGUGCCUCUGAAAUGUCUUAUCUCACCUACAGGAGUCUGACUUGUGAAAACCUAGAAGGUUAAGAGUCUGCCAACAUGUACUCUCCUGCCAGUCCCAAAAUCCUAUACAGGAACCCUCGGUUCCUCAGGUUAGCUUUUCUGCAGCUUCAUAACCAGCAGCAGAGUGGUGUGUUCUGUGAUGUCCUUCUGCAGGCAGAAGGUGAGGCAGUUCCAGCUCACUGCUGCAUCCUGUCGGCUUGUAGCCCCUUCUUCACAGAGCGCCUGAAGCGGGAGAGGCCCACUCAGAAUCAGAAGGUGGUGCUGGAGCUGGGUGGCCUGAAGAUCAGGACACUUAGGAAGCUGGUGGACUUCCUGUAUACCUCAAAAAUGGAAGUAUCUCAAGAAGAAGCCCAGGAUGUGCUAUCUGCUGCCCGUCAGCUCCGUGUGUCUGAGCUGGAAUCCCUUCAGCUAGAGGGUGGAAAGUUAGUUAAGGCCCCACAGGGCCGAAGACUCAACCGAGAGUGCUUACAACCAACAAGUGUUGCACCAAUCUCAGCUAGAGUGGUGACACCCAGCCACCAUUCUCAGACGGCACUGCCUGCUACUCAGACUCUUUGUCCUCUUGGGGCAGUAAGAUUGAAGUCUUUGGGGAAAGAAGAGGAGCCCCAGGAGAACAACCGACAGAAUUCAGACAAUUUGUCUGGCACUAUUUUCAAGAGGAAGGCCAAAGCCUGCCCAGCUCCGCAAGAAGCAAGCUCUUCGCCAUCAAGCCACAGUCAAGGGCCUAGAGAGAGCAAAAAUGACACUGCCCUUAAUCCUACAGUGCUCUCCCCACCCAGCUUGUACCCCUCUGUGGACAGACACCUGUUGCCCAGAAAGAUCAGGCUAAGUCGCUCAAAGCCAUUGCCUGAUAUCUGUACAUCAAAGCCUUCCAGCAUUUUAAGUGGAUCUAGCGCAGUGCCUGCAACCCCUGGCCGGCGUCUUUGGCGGCAGAGGAGUGUAAGUAAAGAAGCACCAGAGAACAAGCCAAAAGCAGGGAGAGCUAGUCCUCUAAAGAGCAUCCCAAGCCCAUCCAGUCUUGGAAAGACAGGUGGGAGCAAGAAGCGUAGCCCUGAUGUCAGGGCACCUAAUUCAGAGUCUGCAGAGGAAGGGCAGGUUGGGAGAGUUAAACUUAGGAAGAUUGUCAAUGGGACUUGCUGGGAAGUGGUGCAAGAGCCUCCCCUCAAAAACUCUCAAGAUAGUCCCCAGAUCCCAGAUCCCGGAGGAGUCUUCAAAGAGCCUUCAGGAACUCAGCAAUCCUCUGGUAAUGAGCAGGAAAUGUCAUCUACUAGAACAGAACUGUGUCAGGACUCCCCCGUAUGCUCUAAGAUACAAGACAUUCUGGUCUCUGCUAGUGAGUCCCCAGACCAUCCAGUGGUGAAGUCAGAGUUUGGGUCCAGUCCAGAACUGGUAAAGAAGGACCCUAUGUUGGCUAUUGACUGCAGAGAGCCCUAUGCAUUUGACACAGGCCUGCUGGAGCAGCCCUGUGAGGCUGAGGAGUACCGAAUCACAAGUGCUGCUGCCACCAGUGAGCUGGAGGACAUCCUGGACUUCAUGCUCUGUGGCUCAAACAUUGAACCACCUGGAGGGUCUCUGGAGAGUCCCAGGGCUGAGGGCUGCAGAACCCCUACCUACCAUCUGACAGAAACAGGAAAGAACUGGAUUGAAGGGGAAGAAUGGUGUUUACCAGACAUGGAUCUCUGGUCCAGGGAGCUCACAGAAUUGGAAAAGGAACCUACUGGUGAGAACAAAGAGCCAACAGAGCUCCUUAGCUCCCUUGUCAUGCCCUCUGAGGUGAGUGGAGAGGUGCUUUCGGUAGGAAGCCCUUGGACACCAGACCUUGAAAUUACUAGCUCCCCACCACUGGAUGGUCAGGAAGACAAACUUAACCAUGUCAGCUCCCUUGACCCUCCCCAGAGGUCUAAUGGGGACCUCUCACCUCCCUGCUCAAACUGGGUGGAGACUGGACUGGAAGUCUCCCUGACUACAGAUGAGUUAUUGUACCCUUCUCCCAAGGCAGGCAAAGAGGUAUCCAGUCACUAUAAACUACUAGGCUCACUUCCUGCCAGCUCUGAAGAGGAAGAGAUUGAUGUGGUGGACUGGACAGCAGAGGGGAAGCUGGUACCCACUAGUGUUCCCUCUGUAUGGCCUGACCCUUCCUCAGAGUCAGAAACAGAGGUAGAUAUACUAACAUAGUGGAGGGGGGAGGGGGCAGGUUAGGGGCACUGGGAGGGUGGGAAGGGUUAGCUAGCAAAACACUUACUGGCAGAGAAGCUGGCACAUACCUUGUCCUCUUGGCAUAAGAGGCAGAUGUACCCCUGGCUCUUUGUAGGUCUCUUCCUCCCCUCCCUAAGCCUGGUGAGCCAGGGAGAAGCCAAGGGUACAGUAGAUAGAAAACUAUGAAUUUGAACCUUCUUCUUUGUAAUCUGUUUUCCAGUUAGUGACAACUGAAACUGCAUGCUCCCCAAUUCCAGUAGGUCAUAGGUAAGAGCCAAGGCCAGGUCUCUCAGGUCAUAAGGCAUCUAGUCAAUUUAGGAAAAGCUGAGAAAGAACACCCUCUGUGGUGGGGUACUGUGUAAGAAAAUGUUCCAGAGGAAGGUGUGAAGCAGUGUUGGGUGGAAUACUAAGUGGGUGGAAGUGAUGGAUACUGUCCAGCACCUAACAUGGGGUUUAUUCACUGCCAGUAUUGAGAAGUCUAGCUAAAACCUCUGCAGGGGCCAAGAAGAUGUACUUCAUCAUUACUUCCAAAAAGUAAGUUGAAAAAAAUAUAGUUGCUUUUUAAAAAAAU